AUGGCAUGAGAGUUUUCUUUUGGAAUUUUUUCCGGCUACAAAUCAAAAGUCUUCAGGAUUAAGCUCGACCCUGUGGAAACAUAAGAAGAGACGUCUUCUAUGCUAAGUUAUUGAAUAUAUCUAUUCUGUGUCAAGAUAAAAAUCAAGUCUUGCUCGAAAAAGAUAGGAUCUGUAUGGUAUAUCAUAUAUACCAAAAUUUGUCUCUCUCUUUUCUAGUUUUCCUCGAUUGUUAAUUCCUAAGAUUCUGAUUGAAUUAUAAAAAAAAUCUGGGUCGUUUCUUGGUGGGUUUUGUGUUUCCUUAUCUGGGUAUCUCAAUUUCGAUCGGUUGAUUGAUUGAUAAACGGGAAGGACCAGGUGGGAAGAUGAGAGGAAGGGUAGGGUUCUUAGUUUGCAUUUGGGUUUUGCUAUGGGGGUCUUGUUUUGGGAGGUUUGUGGUGGAGAAGAACAGCUUGAAAGUGACUUCUCCAGAAUCAAUUAAGGGUGUUUAUGAAUGUGCUAUUGGGAAUUUUGGGGUUCCUCAAUAUGGAGGUUCCUUGGUUGGUACUGUUGUUUAUCCCAAAGCCAAUCAAGGGGGAUGCAAGAGUUUCGACGACUUCGACAUCUCCUACAAAUCAAAGUCUGGUAGUCUCCCCGUAUUUCUCCUGGUGGAUCGAGGAGAUUGUUUCUUUACCUUGAAAGCAUGGAAUGCACAGAAAGCUGGAGCUGCAGCUAUUCUUGUUGCUGACAGCAAGGUUGAGCCAUUGAUUACCAUGGACACCCCUGAAGAAGAGAAGGGUGAUGCUGAUUACGUAGACAAAAUCACCAUUCCCUCUGCGCUUGUUAGCAGGUCACUCGGUGACAGUAUUAAGAAGGCCCUUUCUGCGGAGGAGAUGGUUAAUAUGAAUCUUGAUUGGAGAGAGGCUCUUCCUCAUCCUGAUGAACGGGUUGAGUAUGAGUUCUGGACAAACAGUAAUGAUGAGUGUGGUCCAAAGUGUGACAGCCAGAUAGAAUUUGUCAAGAACUUUAAAGGAGCGGCUCAGAUUCUUGAGCAGAAAGAAUACACUCAAUUCACCCCUCACUACAUAACUUGGUACUGCCCAGAAGCAUUUGCUCUUAGCAAACAAUGCAAGUCUCAGUGCAUCAACCAUGGAAGGUACUGUGCCCCAGAUCCUGAGCAGGAUUUCACUAGGGGAUAUGAUGGGAAAGACGUUGUUAUUCAAAAUCUUCGCCAAGCUUGCUUUUUCAAAGUUGCUAAUGAAAGUGGAAAGCCAUGGCUAUGGUGGGACUAUGUAACUGACUUUGCCAUCCGCUGUCCUAUGAAAGACGAGAAAUAUAACAAAGAAUGUGCGGAGCAUGUUAUCAAAUCUCUUGGUGUUGACCUCAAGAAGAUAGACCAGUGUAUUGGUGACCCCGAAGCUGAUGUGGACAACCAAGUUCUUAAAGCAGAACAAGAUGCCCAGAUUGGCAAAGGCUCCCGUGGAGAUGUAACUAUAUUGCCAACUCUCGUAAUAAACAACAGACAGUACAGAGGGAAGCUGGACAGAGGAGCAGUUCUCAAGGCAAUUUGUUCAGGCUUUCAAGAGACCACAGAACCACCAAUUUGUUUAAGUGAAGAUGUAGAAACUAAUGAGUGUCUAGAAAACAAUGGUGGAUGCUGGCAGGACAAGGUUUCUAACAUUACUGCAUGCAGGGAUACUUUCCGUGGAAGAGUUUGUGAAUGCCCCAUGGUAGAUGGUGUAAAAUUUUUUGGAGAUGGUUAUACACAUUGUGAAGCUUCAGCAGCUUUGCGUUGUGAGGUUCACAAUGGAGGAUGCUGGAAGAAAACACAAGAAGGAAGGACAUAUUCUGCUUGCAUUGAUGAUAAUUCAAAAGGAUGCAAGUGUCCACCAGGAUUCAAGGGCGAUGGAGUCAACUGUGAAGAUGUUGACGAAUGUAAAGAGAAGUUGGCCUGCCAAUGCCCAGCAUGCAAAUGCAAAAAUACAUGGGGCAGUUACGAGUGCAGUUGUAAUGGUGGAUUAUUGUACAUGCAUGAGCAUGACACAUGCAUUAGUAAAGAUACCAACACUGAGGUGAGUUGGGGCUUUGUCUGGGUAAUUAUUCUUGGCUUGGCUGCUGCUGGAGCUGCAGGAUAUGCCAUAUACAAGUACAGGAUCCGGAGAUACAUGGAUUCUGAGAUACGUGCAAUAAUGGCACAGUACAUGCCACUGGAUAAUCAACCUAAUAAUGUUGUCCAUGCUGAGAUCUAGAGGCAGCGCGGCUGGCCAGAGUCGUGAAGGGCUGAUGCUGGAGAAGGGGGCAUAAGGAACUUGGUAUUAAGGCAAUACUUGCUUACAAAUUGCAAUGUCCUCAAUAUUUUGCUUGCAGCUCUUUUUUUUUUUUUUUAAUAGUUAGUCUGCAUUUACUAGUAUUUAGAGUGAAAGUCUUUUCCUUUUUUAAUGUAAUUUUCUUAGUAAUGUAAAUCUAUAUUAUAGCCAAUGCACAUGAGAUCAUGCGUAUCACUUUAGCCUUAGAAGUUCUUAGCUUGGUAUGUGCUUAAAUUGCUCUCCUUUUACAUGAUAUUUUCUGCUACUUGUUUUCUGAGAAAUAAUUUUUUUUUGAAAGU